AUGGCUUCACCAGCGAAAAUCAUUCCACCACAACAGUCGCCGAAGUCGGACAAAAGUAUCACCCCAUCGACGGUAGCAAUCGGAAUCGAUUUUGGAACCAGCUUCUCGAGUGUGGGCAUCUACCGGAAUGGGAAGUUUGAAAUCAUUGCCAACGAGUACGGCAACCAUCGCAUCCCGUCGGUUGUUGCCUUCACCGAAAAGACGCGUCUGGUGGGUGAAGAGGCGCUUGCCCAGACAGACAUCGAUCCGGCAAAUUGUGUUAUUGAAGUGAAGCGGAUGCUGGGGCAGCAUAAACGACAAGCAGCCAUCAAGGUGCAGUUUAAGGGCGAAACCAAGAGCUACCAUCCGGAGGAAAUAUGUGGCAUUAUACUGGCCCACCUUCGUGCAAUGGCAGAAAAGCAGCUCGGUGAGACGGUUACGAGCGCGGUCAUUGCCGUUCCAGCUCAGUUCUCCGAUGGGCAGCGACAGGCCGUGCUGGAUGCGGCCACUAUCGCCGGUUUGACGGUGCUUCGAUUAAUCAACGAACCAACCGCGGCCGCAAUCUCAUACGGUGUCAACAAAAAAGUAAUCGGCGAGCAAUACGUGCUGGUGUGCUCUUUUGGCGGUGGCUUUCUGGACGUUUCAAUUGUGACCAUUUACAACGGUGUGUUCCAAGUGAAGGCCAGCUCUGGUGACACCGCACUCGGUGGGGCUGAUAUUGAUGAUCGGUUGGUGGGCCACUUCGUGAAAGAAAUCCAGGACACUCAAUCGCUCGACAUAGCGCAGGAUAUGAUUGCUCUACGUAAGCUUCGGAAGGUCUGCGAGCAAGCAAAACGUACACUUUCUUACACGAGUCAGGUGACAGUGGAGAUCGAAAACCUUCAAGACGGCUGCCAGCUGUCUUCGACGCUCACAAAGGACAUUGUGGACGAACUGUGCAAGGAUAUGUUCGAGCGCAUUAUUUUACACGUGGAGACGGCCCUUCGGCGUGCUCGGAAGGAUCGAUUCGCGGUGCACGAAAUUAUGCUGGUUGGUGAAUCUUCGCGCAUACCGCGUGUGCAGAUUAUGUUGAGUGAAUUCUUCGAUCGUCGCACUCUUAGCAGCUCGGUCAAUUCGGACGAAGCCGUCGUCGUAGGAACAGCCAUUGCCGCCGGUAUACUUAGCGGAGACAAGUCGUGCGAAAUUCAGGAUCUGCUCUGGUGGGAUUUGGUUCCCCGUUCGAUCGGUAUGAUCGGUGAAGCGAGCGAUGGCACAGGAAGUGAUGGUGAAUUUCCCCGCAUACUGAUCAGCCGCAAUUCUACGCUUCCGUUGAAAGUGCGCCACAGGAUAAAGAACUUUCGCGAGGCCCAGCGGCUUUACGAGGGGGAAAGUGCCAUUGUUAGGGAUAAUAUUAUUUUGGGUCGACUGCUGCUCGAGGGCAACUUUGAAGAUGAGCUCGAGGACGUGGGCUUGUCGUUCAAUGUAGACCUCAACGGAGUGCUGCACGUGAUGGUGGAAGGAAACAUUGAGCUUAAGGCCACGCUAGAUAAGGGCCGCCUGGAGCGGUAUGAGAUUGAUCGCAUAGUGUACGAACAUAAACGCUUAAUUCUCGAAAUGGAACUCGGCAAGGAGAAGGAAAACCAGUGCAAGCAAAAGGAAUCACCGAUGCCAGUGAUAAGGCAGGCGGAGGAACUCGAAUUGGACGGUACGGCUGUGGGCACCUGGGACAGGUUUAGUGAAUGGUUGCAUUGUAUUUGCGUCGUUACAUUCGAUCUUGAGCUGGGACAAGCGAUGGAGCUGAUAUAUCCCAAACACGUCACGUUGACGGAACAGGAAAAAAUGAACAUCUGCUAUUUGGCGUUUCCGGACUCGAAUUCCGGCUGCAUGGGCGACUCACAGUUCCACAUUCGGCUACGCGUUUCAUCUGGUUCGGAAAACUCGGUUCUCCCGAAAGGACUGCAGGAAUUUAACUGCCAUUGUCUGCCGGUGCACAGAGCAGAUCCUGGUCACUUUUGGGGGUUCGUCUAUUUUCGCCAGAUAAAGGACGCCACACUCAAGCGCGGGUACUUUCAAAAAAGCCUUGUCCUGCUUACGCGUUUGCCAUUUGUCAAUUUAUUUUACGAGCUUUGCGGAGUCAUUGCGCCUGCCUAUUUCGGAAGUGGCGAACCUACACUCGAGGACACAUGCGAUAGUGUCUGUAAAUGGCCGUCCUUACUCAGCGACGAACCAUUGCAGUUGCAUCUGCUAGGUAACGUGUAUGACUUGGUUAUACCAAGGCAGAACGGUAAAUAUAAUACGCUCGUAUCGCCCGUGGAUAACCUCUAUUCCGCCAACAAACCAGGCACUAAUGCACGCCAAAACCAAAUCCGUACCAUAUCAUCCGUGCAUGAGAUCGACAUCUUUAGAAGUCUGCAAUUAUUCCUGCCUCACAUCCAUCUGCUCUGGGAGCUGGUGUUGACCGGAGAACCGAUCAUCGUCACCGGUACGUCACCAACCGACUGCGCUCACAUGGUGCAGUCGCUGACUAGCCUUAUCAGCCCCUUGGCGUACUGUGCCGAAAGCCGUCCCUAUUUCACAAUUCAUGACACGGAGUUUAAGGAGUUCACGCAAUGCAAAAACGGCCAUCCCUCGAUCAUACUCGGCGUGACGAAUCCGUUCUUCGCCAAAACCCUCCAGCACUGGCCGCACACGAUUCGUCUUCAGGAUAGCACCGAAGCGCAGUUACAACGGCAACGCAUGGUAACUCCUUCGACAGUAAAUUCGUCUUCCACCCAAUCGCCAUCGGUUAGCGGGUUGCCUAUGGACGGAUCGGCGACACUGUCAAGAUUGUCGAAAAUCAAACAAAUCACUCACAAGCUGCUAGAUUCCUCACCAGGACUUUAUACACAGUACAAGCCCUUUGUGCAGAAAGACAAGGCAUUCAUCAAGAAGAUUCUGCUUGGGCUGAAAACUGACCGACCACUCUCCGUACAAUCGGCGCUGCUGCGACGACACCUAUUAGAGCUAACGCAAAGUUUCAUGAUUCCUCUCGAGCGCUACAUGGCACUGCUGAUGCCGUUGCAAAAGGACAUCUCGCCGUUCCGCUCGGCACCGCAGCCACAUCCGUUCAAGCAGGAGGAUUUCCUCGCAACGCUCGACGAGUGCGGCCCGCAGUUGACUUCGACCUGCAAAGGCGACUGGGAGGGUUUGUAUCGACGAUUUUUCAAUUCGCCAAACUUCAAGGGCUGGUACGAGAUGCGCUACUUCGAGCUGGAGCAAACGCUGCAGGUGUUGCACAUGCAGACGCUGUCCGAAUCCAACCUAGCCGAGUGGGCCAAGGGUAAGCUGGAGGUGGAAAUUGUUGAUAUGAUUUUGCGGUUGCGCAACAAGCUUACGCUUCUGCAGGCUAGUAGCACCGUAAUGGCUGCCUUGCCCGUUCAGCUUAACGCCCGGGACACCCGAGAGCAGCUGCUGCGCCACAUGGAGAACAUGAAGAAAAGUCUUCCGGAUGAUUUGAAGCAAAUCCUGGGAGAUGCGUGAUGUUCCCACGUGAAUCGAGUAAAAAUAAAGCCAGGCAAUA